GGACCUCGUCAGGCGAUCAUUUUUCGAGGGCAAAUUCACUCAACUUCUGCCUUUUCUGAACUCCCCUCUACACAUUCUUGGGACUUGGGACUUCAACUACAACCUCCCAAUUACUUGUACUUUGGACUUCCAUGUCCUAUACGAUGGCCGCGUCACCUGGGGACUUUCUAGAGUCACUCUUCAACCAUAUUGCGCUGCCUCCCCGUCUCCCAGGCCGACAAGAUACAAGCCUCGGCCGAGUCGAGCGUGGCCUCGUCGAACGCCUGCUAGAUGCAACUGUCAAAUUGUCACGUCUUCCACACAAUGAUUCUGCUGACGAGUGGGAAUCACUUCGUCGUUCUCUUGAGACUUGUAGGCGAGUCAAUUCGGGUGGCAGGCUCACCAAAAUCUCGCUUUUGACGGCCCUGCGAGAACUGCAAGGUCGAGAUUUCAUCGCUCUUUAUAUUACAGAGCAAAAUGCCGCCCUCAUCAUCCGACUACAAGAAGAUGGUGAUUCGGUUUUAUUCGAGGCAUUUGAAGCUUCCCCUCUGUCCGAAGAUGUGCUUGCUUCCAAGAACGCCCUACAGUGGGACUUCCCUGGUUCCGCCGUCGCGAUUCCAAUCUCCGAAUACGAAAAGACCUCGUUCCAAGAUGAGCUGGCGACAUUCCUGGAGAGGGCAAGCACCGAGUCGAUCAAAAGAUUCGCUGCGCAUACGAACAAAGCUGGAUCCUUCGCAUUUGAGAGCCGGGAUACUGUCGACCCCGCGCUCAUCACACAGAUGCUGAUGACACUACUGGAAGUCAAUGGCAGCCGAGCAUUUCCUCCACUACUUCAAAAACGCGUACGGGAUGAUGUUUGCUGGAGCGACGGAGGCGAAAAGCCCUGGAGACGAUGCCCUUUCUGGCUGGUGCUUCGCGUCGCCGUGCACAGACACCUGUCCAUUACCCUUGGUGGUGACGUUGGAAGAAUACAAUACAAAUUUCUGAUUUGCCUCGUCCUCUCACGCUUUCUUGACGAGUGCCUUGGUCAGAUAGGCCUUGAUCUCGCGGUCUUUCUGAAAACCAAGCUGUGCCGCCGUCUUGUCAAACUUGAGGUUGACAAAGAAAGAGCCCCAGCCAACCUCUCCAUUCAUUACGAAUACUGGUUCACGGCUCUUGGGCCAGACUUCCGCAGAUAUACCAACACUGCUGCAGAACAGAUUAGUGUGGCUUGGGAACCCUUUAAGAAGCGUAUACAGCGCCCCAUCCUCACCCUGCCAAAAUAUGCCGACCCACGGCACCUUCUCUUAUCGCUGCCCAGCAGCAAAGAUUAUAUCCAGCGAGUUCUAAACGAGCCUUUUUAUCGAUAUACUGCACCUCCGUUUGUUUCUCUCUACAAGCUGCCGCAGGAUUAUCAACUCUCCUCCACAGUUCCAAAACCUGGGACAGCCUUCGCUAAUCGAUAUUUCAGACUCUCUGAGAUCGAGACCGAGAUCGAGCUUAGAGAAUCGUUCGAUGUGUCCGCCCUGGCCACGGAUAUUCUCUGUGAGCAACGUUGCAUAGAGCUUGCUACGGAGAUUGAGAAUUAUCUAAGCACUGUUGGGGAUGCUUACGAUAGCAACCCCGAGCAGAAGAGUGUUAUGCUCAUCACGGUCAUGGAACUUUGGGUAGGAAUGGACGCAUGUGCUGCAAAGAUGUUCAGUUUGCUGAAGGACUAUAAUCCAGGUAUUCCCUCUGAUAUUUUGGACGACCUGCAGAUAGCUCGCCUUAAAGAUAUUCAGCGUAUUCACAUGAUCCGAGAAUAUCUAUCAUAGCGACGUCGCAUCUUGUGAAGAGGGCGAAUAUCCCACACUUUCUUCAUUUCAUUAUGGGGGGCAAGCCCCCCAAACCCCCCGGGCCUCGCUGCGCUCGAAAAAAUCUCACUUUUGGCACCACCACCACACCAGAAAGGCCCGCCACCACGGCAGUGGCCCCCGGA